AGAUACACUUAAUAAAGUUACAACUCAUAAGCGAGAGUAAAGCAUUCGAAAGAGAGAAGUUCCAUCCCAUCACUGCUAACUUUUUUCUUGUGGCUUUUCUUUUGGCAUCUUCUCCAAAUGGGUUCCAAAAGGGAAACGUAUCUAACACUCUUCUCCUCAACCUUGGUGCUCCUUUUGGUUGGUUUUGGAAGCUCAGAUUUAAACCAAGACAAAGCAGAAUGUAGUGACAAACUACUUGGUUUAGCUGCCUGUCUUCCUUAUGCCAGUGGUGACGCCAAAGCCCCCACCAUAGAUUGCUGCACUGGCCUCAAAGAGGUUGUUGACAAGAGUAAAAAAUGUCUCUGUAUCCUCAUCAAAGAUCGUGACGACCCCAACCUUGGCCUCAAGAUCAACGUUACCCUCGCUCUUAACUUACCAGCUGCUUGUCACGCACCCACUAAUAUUACUCAGUGCGUUGAUCUUUUGCAUUUGGCACCUAACUCUCCAGAAGCUAAGGUAUUUGAAGGAUUUGAUAAGUCCUUGGCAAAAGUUAAUUCCACUGUCGCUAGUAAUGUCACUAGUGGUGCUGGAAAGGGAACAAGCACUCAGGACAAGAGCGGUGGUGGGUGGGGAAAGAGGAGGCUGGUGGCAGAGGUGCUCUGUGGGAUUUUACCAUUUGUUUUCAUAUCUUACUUCUGCUUCUUCCUAGUUUGAACCCAUGACAGAGAGGUCAAGAUUCAAAGAAUAUGACAUAUUGUGGUUGUUGUAUCUGUGUGAUGAUAAUUCAAUUCCCUAUAAUAUUUGUCCCAAAAAGAGUUUUUUGAAGAGAAGAUAUAUAUGUAUCUAGUCUUUGGUAAAGUCGGUUACUAGGUUAUAUAGACUUAUAGUGUUGUCUCUGUCUAUCAUUUACUUAUUUCCUCAGUGUGCCCAUCCUAUGUGGUAUGUGUAAUUAAUUUCCCAACUAAUGGAAUUACUCAAGGGACCCCCUUAUUUAAACA